CGCAGAUUUCUAUGUUUACGGUGGCGUUACUUUGGUGAGUUUUCGUUAAAGUGGCAUUUUCAUAAGAUUUUUGUGUCAACAAGUUUAUGUAGUCACUAACUGCACCAUAACUAAGACUUAAUUCAAAGGAUUAUUUUUUUAAGUGUUUUCAAUUUCAACGAUUUAUUGCUACACUUUGUUUCACGUUUGCUUCGCGUUACUUCAUUUGACUGAUUUUGUUUUUAAGUAAAUAUACAUAAAUAUUUAUGAACAUGGAUGAUACGGCGCUUAUACGAAUGGUGAAAAGUAAUGAACACCUGUACAAUAAAUAUAAUAAAUAUUAUAAAUCUGUUGAAAAGAAAAAGGCCACUUGGCAACGGAUAGCUCGUGAGCUUGGGAUUAAUGAAACGAUUUGUAUACGCCGUUGGACAUGUAUGCGUGAACGAUACUCGAAGGAAAGCCGCCGUUUGACUGCUCUUGUCAAUAAUGGAAUGACAACAUCACACAUAUGGCCACUAUUCGAGGAAAUGGAGUUUUUAAAACCAUUUGUAAUCCCGCGAAAUCGGUCUUUUAUGGGAAACUCGUCCUUUUCAGUGAAAGUUAAAGAACAGCCUGAUUCGUUUAUUACAGAUCAAGAGGAUGUUACGGAAUAUGAACAAAUUACGGAGCCAUUUCAGUUCAAAGAUUCAGCAUCACAUGCGUCUGAGCAAGAGACUGAGCGCGAAGAAAUGGAUGCAUUCCUGCCAACAGACACAUUAUCAUCAUCUACACCGCAUCCUAAAAGACCGAACUCGGCUCAAAUAGACGAGCCAAAGGUUUUCCAUAUAUCUGCGACAAAGUCGAUAAAUCAACAUACAAGUAAUAGAAACCAUGACCAACCGCAACACCAUGAAUGUGCAGUUGAAAAGAAACUAAAUACUGCUUUAAAAAUGUUUGAGGAAGUAUGUAAUGGAACAAAAGCACGCCACCGAAAUCCUGCAGUGCAUGGUUUCGGUGAAAUGAUUGUCGAAACAAUUUGUGGGAUGAGCGAACGAAAGCAGACAAUAGCCAUGCAAAAGGUAACCGAAUUGGUGAUGAACUUAAAAAUGGAGCCGGAAAGCAUGUAGAGAAAAAGUUAUUGGAGAUUGUUUUAUUUUUUUAUUUAAUUUAAUUAUGUAUAUAUAAGUUUAUAAUAUUAAAUGAUGGAGUCUAGUAAAAAUAUAAUACAUUGUAUGUA